AUGACGCGAAACAUUAAAGUGAGCACCAGAGAAAAAUUAUCUGUGAGAGUGCGAGCUGAAGUUGCUGAGAAUUAUUCGCCGAAAAAGGUAUAAAGUGAAUGCAAUUGGCAAGAUUUUUUUAAAAAAGGCCGCUGUUGUUGAGGUGCGAAUAAUUGUAAACGAAACUAGGCAGCUUUAUCACGAAAGUAUGCGGAGAUUCAAAAUGUUACCUUGCAGGACCCAGUUUUGAAAUGGAGAGAAGUCCACCAUAACCUACAACGCAGUUUAUGCAGCCACUGGGAAACCACAGUCUGCAUGGCGAAGCGUACAAAACGAUGGCGACCGCCAAAAUUUCGCUUAAGGACGAAACGGGAGAAAGCGUUAAAGUUCGUGAAGGCCAUCUUCGCAGUGGGAAUUAUCAGUGGAAUCAUCAACGAAAUAACAACAUGGAGGGGCUAUAGGUUAGGUUUUGUGUUUUUACUAAAUCGAGGGAGGAACGGGUCUCGUGCUGAAAUUCAGACUUUGCAUGCGCAUUCUAGGUUUAUGCUGGUAUGGUCAGUAAGAUAUCAACGAGUGGAGAAAUCAAGCAAUUGACUGUAAUUACGAUAGAGGGGGUUCAUGAGAUCUCAAAUGAUUGUUCUGAGAUUGUACCGGUCAAAAGUUGCACUUCAAUCCGCAAACGCGCCACCAGGUCGUUGCUGAUUUAUUAAGGAAACGAGUUAUUACGAUUUCUCCUGACUUCCUUUUUAAAGCGUUAAAAGGCAAAAUCAUCAUAAAUGGAUAUUAGUCACUUGAGUGGCAGAAGACAUGAAGUGUGAAGUGCUCCCGUAAAUACGAUUAUAUUUACGGAAAAUUUGUUCGGCCUGAGCCGUAAAAAGCCAGCUAGACGAUGAGUUUGAGGUCAUAUGUCUCUCUGAUAUCUCCGAGAAUCCUCAUAUUUCAUCCUACAGAAGUGAUUCUCACAUGCAUUUCUACUGUCAAUUAAAUGUACAUUUUUACUACCCCUAACCUUAUUUUGUGCACCUCACUUAUGCACGCCGGAGACCAAGUCGGACUUUGAACGUGUAUUAGUUCCAGCUGAAAGAUAGAACGUUCAGGAGUUUGUGAAUCAACAGACAAACUUUGUGUAUUUAUGAGACCUUUGGAACAUUAAAACAAAACAACCGCACGUUUUAAGAGAUGGAUGUUUUAUCGCUUAUCGAGUCGUCUGUACUCGAUGUACUUCUACAUAUUGUCAAGGUUUCAACAGCAAAAAGAACACACUCAAUAACAUUAGAAGAAAAGUCAAACCUUUUGCGGUCAUACGCUUUCCGGCCGCAAAAAUUUGGUAUGCACUUGACUUUUACUCAAUAUUUUUAUAGCACAGGUGACUUUAUUUUUAUCAAUUGUGUAUGAGAAUGUACUGAGAAACGAGUUUGUAACAAAAAGGUAACUUUGUUAUUAUGUUUUAUACCGAAGAGCAAUCUUUUAUGAAAAUCCUCGUGUCUUUUGCAACCAAGCCAAAGUUGACUACCUCAUUUCCAAAUUCUGUAAACAAUUCAGGGUUUGCAGAAACGCUUUUAAAACGGUAUUUCCUUGAAUUAUUAUUACAGUUAGGUUGCAACAUCGAAAGCAAUUGUCUUUGGAGACGUAGAGAUCAGAACGUCAACAAACUUACUCUCCUUCAAGACCUCAGAGAAGGUAUGUGCUUUAAACUUAGUAUGUUAGUCCGUUGAUGUUGCAUGUUACGCCUUCAAUAGCUUAAGCGAUCAUCAUAGUGUUGCCUCCUUAGUUGUCAGGACGAAAUUUGGACAGACACUGACCGUUCGUCGGAUUUUGAAAUGAUAUGGCACAAAUUGGCCUACCAAAUCUUUUUUCCCGACUGCCCUAGCAUCAAAUUUAACUACAAGAAUCUGGCAAAUUUUUACUUCACUUUAUUAGUUAAGUUGUCUUAUUUAACAGGCAGUGCUUCUAGUCCUUUCUAAUUUACGGGGAAGCCGACUCCAGUUUUUGGCUAACAUUUGUUAGUAUUAAAAGAUAAUCAAAGGCAUGAAUGUCUGUUAGUGAAGUGCGCCGUCACAUUGUCCAGAUCAUGCAAUUUACUGGGAUGUUUAAACCGCUUUUGCUUGAAUCGAACGCAAAGCUGGCAUGACAGUUAAAAUGGUCAUCUUGUAUACAGAAGAUAACCAAUUGUAAUGAACUGCCGCAUGCUAUAAACAUGUCAGAUGUAUCAAGUACAUAACGGUUAGACUGUUGUGCCGAUCCUCUCUAAUUAAACAGCAACAAGACCAUAUGUAAUAGCAUGUUGUCCAAAACGUUCUUAACCUGGGACUAUCAAAGCAGGUUUGGACAAUAUACAGGGAAUUAUAAAUUAUCCUGGAGGAACGAGCCUUUCUUGCGGUAAGGCAUGCCGGAGCAGGCCCAUUAAAUUCUCUUAACAGAACUUUAUUCACUUGCUCUUUCAGUGCACUUUCCCAAAAAAAUUAAAAUACCAUGGAGAAGAAAUAUCGUCAGGUUUUCUAUUAUAUAUAUUUUUAAGGAUUCCAUUCAUUAUAAAUAAAACUAUGAAAGGAUAUUGCAUAUUCACACAAAUAAUCAAAAAUAUCAUUACCUUUUAAAAUACGCUAGGAACAGUCAAAUCGCUUUCGUUUUAUGUAACUCUUAAAACCGUACGCUUAUGGAAAUGUUUCCAUGCAUUUUAAACAAAUAGAGCAGUACCAGAGAUAAAAAAGACAACCAUCUGAGCAAGGUCUGCAUACUUCUACACAACUGCCAAAUCCACUGACUGUUGUAUUGAUCAUGCGGCGUAUUAAUGUUUGCAUCAUGGCUAUAAAGUGACUUAUGCAACAAUCGUAUUUAGAAAUGAACAACUACUGUCGAACCCUCUGAUAUAAAAAAAGUCCAUUUCACCCCAAAAUUUGCCAAAUUCGCUUGGCUGUCGCAGACUAUACUCGGACUCUCACGCGAAUAUUGACUAUUCUCUCUGGAUACUGACUUGAGGAACUUUGGAGGUUUCAUUUUGCCCACUUUGGAUUCCCCACUGUCAUUUAUUUGUUUAUCAGAUAUUUGAUUGCUGGUUAAAUUUAGUACACUUCGAUAAGUGCUGGACAUAUUCCAAAACUUCUUCUAGGGCACCAGUUGAUACCCAGAAAAUUAUAUUUAAUAAAUACUAACCGCCUCUUUGUUUGUAAAACCACUUGAAUAAAACUGAACCUUUGCAACCCCAUUUUUGAAAAGCGGGUGCAAAGCGCACGCAAGUCCGUCGGAUAACGUUAAAACCGAGAACUUAGCUAUUCAUUUCAUUUUAGUUAGUCAAUACUACAGCUGAUAUGUGGAAGUGGGAGAUCUGGCUUUUAAAUAGUAAUGUCGGAUCUGACAGGUUUUUGCUAUUAAAAGACAUGGGCUGGGAAUUUAUUUACCUUAGUAGCGUAAACUGCAUAAGAGAUUAGCGGCAUUAAUAGUUAAGUUAUGCCGGAAAAAGUAUUUGCCGUGAUUUUGGAGCCUCUGGUCAGUAAAUACGCAGAGAAUAAUGGCGAAUGCAUGGAUUUCUGAUCGUUUUUCAAUCGUAUUUGAGUCAAAACGUUGUCUUUAGGAGUUACAGUUUCAAAAGAACUGCUCUGGAUUCUACUUACCACAAACGCGGUUUUCAGACGUCGUACUAGGCAGGGAUGUCCAUGGUCGAUUAGCAAUUCUGUGCAUUUGUAUUGACAUUUAUCAAGCGUUCUUAUGAUACGUCCCUGGCUAAAUGUGCUGACAAACAUUUUUGCACGAGAAUGGCUGGGGAUCGGUACAUUUCGUUUUCAAGAGCAAAAUAGCAAAACAUGGUAGUCGAAUCCAUGGGCAGUUGACCACUUACUGGGUAUCAAGCCUACCAAGCAUACAAUGAAAAAAGCUGACGGAUUAGAAUCGGCAAACGUGGGCGAGAUGUCGUUCCUUACUUCAGGUUUAUUAUGUGGGUGCCUUGUUCUCUGUUAUGACAUACUCGUUCGCCUCGAAAAACUUAUCUAUUUAGAGUACUAAUAAACCGAUUUUCGGUAGUCUUACUGAUCCGUGGAUGAAAUUUGUCUUUAGGUCGCGCAAAGAUCGAAUGUGUUCGUUCGUGUUAGCGUUCACAUAUUUUGGCCGACAAAGUACAAAGAUCGCCUUAAUUAUCUGUAGCCUCAGCCAAUAUUGUCUUUUUACCUACCUAUGCAUUCUUUUUCCCCUGAAGUCGUGAAAGUUUGCAGUUUGCUACUGUAUGAAAUUACAAUGUUUCUCUGUAUUGUUUCAGUCAUCUAUCAGCAAAUUAACUCUUGCCCUGUGAACGUCAACAAUGUCUCAGUGUUUUCUGGUAUCCAGUUGCCAUUAUCUGCCAAGCUUCUAAAUGUAGGCAGCUAAAUGUUUUAAAAGACCUGAAAGGGGAGCAAUCUGAGCUUGAAGUAUAGUGUAUCUUUUUUGCGUGGCAUGAACGUCUCAAGAUCAUAGAAUAAUGUUAGAAUACAUUAAAAUCAAAAAGUAGGUGCCAUGUAGAAAUUUACUUAAAAACCGCAUCAGUUAUGAAACCGUUUUACACCAACGUCUGUUUAUCAAAACAAGUGCAGUAGUGUGGUGCAUCUGCGAAUAGUAUGAUGUUACAAACUGCGGCUGAGAGAGAGCCAACGGCGCUCGAGUACUGUGAGCAGAGAGACUUCGUUUCGAAGCGCAUAUAACGGUAGAGACAGUAAAUAAAACUCAACAAUUGUUGACCUAUUUGGAGAUGCUGCGCCUGUUUGCUGGCAGACUUCUACAUCUUCUAAUUCGUCCUCAGCUUUUGAACGUUUUCGUAUACUAUGCAAUUUAUCAAAAGACGGAAGCAAAGUAUGCAUGUCAGAAAUUCAUUUGACGGCCGUCACAGGAAUUGGUACAUUUGUCUGACUUCUCCAACACAUGCUUGGGUUCAUUAUCGGAAAGGUAGGGUUAAAUAAACAUGCUGUAUAGUUAUGUCGAGUCGGUGCAGUGCUGUCACGGGCCGUCCCCUCGUCUGAAUAAACAUUUAUGUGGGCCUCCGCACGAUGACUACUUGAGUAUCUGUCUUGACGCGUGCAAAGGCAUUUGCACGAGGAAAAAUACCACCGUUUAUUACCUGCCAUUUUUGUUGAAUUAACCAUUCAACUAACUUCUAUUUGCUUAUCUUCUCCACUUCAUCUAAACUUUAGGGAGUCUGCUUAAUUUCGUCGCCAAUUCAAGAAGCAGGUAAGUUUGAACAAUCGUCUUCUUUUCCUCUUUUUCGAGUAGACAUCGGUUGCACUGCAACGUUUGCACUGGUUAUCGAAAAGGACGCUACCUUUCAAAAGAUUAUCAGCAGUUCUUUAUAUAGGAACUUCAGCCCUUGCCUUUUCUUGACGGUAUAUCUCUCAAUAUGCUUUAGUUAAUUUUCUGGUAGGCCAAGGGUUACCCGGAUCUCGCUACUCGUUCAUUCCUGAGCAUGCUGUGUGACAGAUAUCCAGCACUUCCCGUCUACGCCUUAGUUGACGCUGAUCCACACGGUACUUGACUUGACUUCAAUCUUUUCGACAACAACCGCUGUAGGGAUUGGUAUCUACUUGAAUUAUAAGUAUGGUUCACAAGUGAGUCUUCUAAGUCCGUCACCUUUUCCCUUCCUGCAAAAAUAUCCCGCUAAUGCACAUACUGUCUUACUUUUUAUCACAGAAAUGAGCCUUUUAUUAGCCCAGUUAUUCGCAGUCUACGAAGACAGUCACCGACUUGGGCGUAAGUACUUAGACCGGGCGCCUGAAAAGUUACUGGCGGACUUCAAAUAUCCUUCUCUGUUUUCGGCCUCGCCUGUCUGUAGUUUAAGUUAGGUGUAGAACUCCGCUUCCAAUUAGCGGAAUCGCUCUUGUUCGGCGCACCAGCUCCCACGGUGCAUCUACUUACACCGUGUUGUCAACCGAGGUAGCCGUUUGUUGGAAUGACUUGUGCGCAAGCGAAUGCCAUUAUCGAUGACAUCCGGUUAAAGGGCGCAAUAUACGAUGAAAACGGUGGAUUUAGGCGUUUCUGUUUGGCUUCUUUUAUCGCUUAGUCAUUGUUAUCAAGACUUGAAAUGCCUUGCAUUUGAAUCAUUUUUUACGAAACUCCCCGUCUACUUGAUUUCUGUGGUUAACUUGUGUAAAUUCGACGUCCCCUAGUUUGCCCUCAAGUAAGUUGGGUAUGUGUUACCUUCUUGGCAAAACGGACACACAAAAUCCAAUUUAUUAACUUUUUGAUGGCCCUUCGAGACCGUGUCUGUAUUUUCGUCCUCAUUCUGCGUUUCAUCUGCUUAACAUACAUAAAGUGGGUAUUACGAAAGGUAACCACCCCCGUAAUAAAAUAAAAUUACAUAACCGAGGUGGCAUACAAAACCAAAUUAUGUAAAGAUAGGUUUCCUUGAUUUUAUGACGUGUGUGCCGCUGUGCAUUCUAAGCCUGCUGGGCACGUCCAGGACCUUCAAUAGAACUGUUGUAUCCAUAAUCGUGGAAAUCUUUCCCAUUCUUGGGAAAUUCAUUAAAACCAAGUUCAAUCAAACCUUUUAAUAAUGAAAGUGUGUAAAUAAUUUGCUCUUUGAUUUUCUCGGUCUAAGUAAAAUUGUAGAAAGGUUUGGAAAUUUAAAACCUUCUUUGUUUAAGAACGAGGCGAUGAAACUCAGCGAGACGACUUCACCUUUCCUCCGGAGGUUCCGACUUCUUGGCAUUCUUCCGUCUGAACUCUCAAGGUAGGUUAACGCUUGUUCAUUUAUUUUUGACGUUACAGGCUUCAAAUUCCCUCCGAGGGUCUACUCGAUUUAACAGACACCGAUCGAACUUUGAUCAAGACCAUGAAAGAACGGGCUUACAUGGACAGUGAACCGGAGGUUUUACACGAAGUAUCACCUGCGCUUUUUAUUAACUAUCUAUGUAUUGUAGUUGGAGAUUCUGGAAAGGCUGGGGAAAAAGGCCGAGAUUCAGUGUAUGGACAGUCUUGGCGUAGACUUCCUUUGUCUGGAAUACCUGAAAAGAAAGCUGCAUCAGCAUUCAAAUAGCCGGCGACUGGAAAUAGACAAUGGCCAAUUUACAAACUUUUUUAGAAUAUAA